UUAUGGCAUGAGUGAAUGUUUAACGCAUGAGAAGGUUUUGCUGGCGUAUUUUCUGGAUCAGUCAAAAAAUUACAAGUCCUCGUCAUUGUGGUGCAUGUACUCCAAGCUGAAAUGUAUGUUACGAAUAAAAAAUGACAUUGACAUUAGCCAGUUUUCUAAACUUUCUGCUUUUUUAAAAAAGUGUUCAGUUGGGUAUUCAGCAGAAAAAUCUUUGGUGUUCUCAAAGAAUCAGUUAAUAAAUUUUUUGACCUCGGCUUGUGACGAACAAUAUCUCCUUAUGAAGGUUGUUGCAAUAUUUGGAUUAUUUGGUGCUUGCAGAAGGAUAGAGUUUUACAAUUUAUGUGUAAGCGAUGUCCAAGAAGAGGGUGCAGUUUUUGUGGUGAAUCUCAAAGAUACGAAAACACAUCGACCCAGAACAUUCACAAUUUUAAAUGAUGAUAGCAUGAAUUACACUGAGCUCAUUAAAAAGUACAUAAAUUUAAGACCAAAGCAUGUUAAAAUAGAGAAGUUCUUUCUAUUCUAUGGUGCGGGAAAGUGUACGUGUAAUCCCAUUGGCAUCAAUACCUUUGGUCAAAUUCCUCGUAAAAUUGCCAAAUAUCUGAACCUUCCUAAUGCAGAUCAGUUCACUGGUCAUUCAUUUCGCAGAACGUCUGCUACAAUCCUUGCAGAUAGUGGCGCAGACAUUCGAACAUUGAAAAGACAUGGUGACUGGAAAAGCGAUGCUGUUGCGGAAGGGUAGGUAUGUGGCGGAUUCACGAGAAAACAAGAACAAAAUUGCUAGAACCUUAGGAUCUGUUAACACUGUUAGCUGCCAGAGAAUCAGGGAUUUGGCAUCUUCAUCAACUAUCUCAGUAUCUGGAAUUACUAGUGCAUCAUCGACUACAAAUGAAUGUGUUCUUCAAUC